AUUAUAUAGAAAUAAGUUUAAACAACAAAAAACAUUAAAUUUAAAAGAAUAUUCAAAAAAAGUGUUUUUUAACGUAAUUAUUUUUAUAUAAAAAAAAAGAAAAUUAUACAAUUUUUACUCACGAAAGAAAAUACCCAACAACCAAACAAAUUAAAGGAUAUUUUUUACCUCUUAAACACACACUCAAAACCAACCCGCACACUACGGCAAACCCAAAGGAUAUUUAUUUUAAAAAAAGUGUAUAAAUUACCAGGAUUUUUAAAAAUAUCAUAUCAUUUGUAAUUUACAAUUCAACAAGAAGACAUCAUCAUUCAUUGCAAGAAUUAUUAAAAAAAGUGUCUUAAAGAAUAUUGAAAAUUAAAAUAAUUUUUUUGUAAACAAAACGUGAAAUACCUCUUGUAACAAACAACAAAAAAAUCAUACCUCAAAUUUAAAAAAAAAACAAAGGAAACUAUAAAAGUGAAUCAAAAUAUAGUACAAAACCACCUUAAGGAUUAAUCAAAACCUCACACACAGCAUUUGGAUUUAAAACAAGCAACAAAAAUUUCGUGUGUUUUACACGGAAUUUUGAAAAUUAUCUCAAAAAUAACAAACAACCAACUACACACAGAUUGAAAAGAUAUGGCCAUAUCUUUGCUACAAGACGCACAAACAAGAACAUUAGCCGCCGCUUUAGCUGGCAUGCAACAACGCGAAGAAGUUGAUCGUUCUUUGUCUUUAUCACCACCCAUGUCUGCCAACACCUCCACCAAUAACGCCAUGUAUCCCGGUUUGCAACAAGCUGCUGCCGCCUCAGCCUUUGGCAUGCUCUCACCCACACAACUAAUGGCUGCCAAUCGCCAAGCCGCUGCUGCCUUUAUGGCCCAACUACCCAUGUCCACAUUGGCUUCCACAUUAUUCCCCCACCAUCCAGCAACUUUGUUUGGUUCCUGGGCGGCCGGUAAUCCAGCUGGCAUUAAUUUGGCCAAUGCUGCUCCCCACUCACCACCCGCUUCACCACACUCACCCAUCAACAUCAAUACCCCACAAGCCAACAAACACAGCCUCAGCAUGACCUCACCCACCGCCUCCACACAAGGUGAAUUGCCCGCUAAGAAAGCUCGUAAAUUGACAGUGAAAAAAGAUUUAAUUUCGCCCAGCAUGGAAAUCACCAUGAGUGUCAGCGAUCUAUACAAUACACCCGGUCCCAUUUCACCACCCUCCUCGGGCUCUUCACCCAACUCCUCUUCCCAUGAUGUCUCCAGUCCAGCCAACAAUGCCAACAAAGAUGGCUCAGCUUCCCGUGACAAAAGUUUCACCUGCAAAAUUUGCUCCCGCUCCUUUGGCUACAAACAUGUCUUGCAAAAUCAUGAGCGCACCCAUACUGGUGAGAAGCCAUUCGAGUGCCCUGAAUGCCACAAACGUUUCACCCGUGAUCAUCAUUUGAAGACCCAUAUGCGCUUGCAUACCGGCGAGAAGCCCUAUCACUGCUCCCACUGCGAUCGCCAGUUUGUGCAAGUGGCCAAUCUCAGACGCCACUUGAGAGUGCACACCGGUGAACGUCCCUACACCUGUGAGAUUUGCGAAGGCAAAUUCAGCGACUCCAACCAAUUGAAAUCCCAUAUGUUGGUGCACAAUGGCGAAAAGCCUUUCGAAUGCGAGAAAUGCCACAUGAAAUUCAGACGUCGCCAUCAUUUGAUGAACCACAAGUGUGGUGUACAAUCACCCAUUACUCCAGCUCUCUCGCCAGCCAUGAGCAAUGACUACAGCAUCUUGAAUUGUGACCAAAAGUCCUUCUACGGCUCUGAGGAGUCCAUGGAAAUUGGCAAACCUAUGCUGAGUCACUCGAUCAUGAAUUAUGCCGGCAUCUCGCAAAUGGAAGAAGAUGCUCCUUUGGAUCUCUCCGAAGAUGGUGGCAGCCAAACUGAUGAGUCCUGCUCUCAGCGUUAUCGCAAAGCCAACGACAUUAGACGUGUUUUCCGUCUACCUCCUCCCCAAAUCAUGCAUGUGGCCACUGAUAUGCCCGUGCAAACUGAACCUGAGGAUUUAAGUGUUCGUCAUUCACCCAGACAAGAUUUCGCUCACUCCAAUCCUUCCUCGGCUGCCCAAAGUCCUGAACCCAACAUGUUAAUGAUGCAUGAUGAUUUGGAUUUGGAUGAAUUAGAUGAUGCUGCCAGCAUGUAUAUGCGCCAGCAACAACAACAUCACUUGAAUGUCUUGAAACAUCAUCAUCAACAACAACAACAGCACAUGGAGUAAAUUGUUAGAAUUCCUUGGGAAUCAUGAUCGCUCAUCAAUUAGUCACAUUUUGCUUAAUUAGUCCAAAGAAUGUAUAUACAUAUAGACAAUUUGCACAUGAACCUGAACUCCAUCAAAUGGAUUCUAUGAUUUCGAAAAAAUUUUUAAAAUUUUGCCAACAACUGAAACAGGAAAACCAAACCCUCUUCAUUACUGUCGCACACAAAAACAACUCCCAAGUACAACUCUCUAUCUCUCUCUCUCUAUCUCUCUAACUAUCAAUAUAGCGAAGUAAGUUUAAACCAAAUUGCACAUAAUUAUUACAAUUGUACAAACAAACCAAAACUAUUUAGCUCUCU